AUGGAAAAUGAGUUAUGGAUUGCCAAGAAGGAACAAGGCUUGUCUCUUUUUAUUGAAGGGCCGGCCACCUCGGCUCGGAGCGGAGCCAUUUGUGUCACAUCAGAUCUGUCAAAUGAUGGCACGGGUUCGUCCAUGUCUUCUGCUCAUGAUGACCCUUUUAUACUUCAACUAGGGGGCGGGCAUGGGCAGAGUAGCCUGUUACGCACGGUGGCAGUCCCAUCUGGUGAGGUGGUGAAUUGGGCAAUUUACACCUGGCUUUUGAAGGGACGUGGGCAUGCUUGA